AUGUCUGAUAUGCGCUUAGUCAUUUCAUCUGGGGAAUCUGCAACUACCACUGUUUCUGUAGCUGCUUCAACGACGACCCUCAAGGCUGAAACAACGACUGCUAGUUCGGCCGAUCUCUCGAUUACAGUCACUUCUACCGUUGAAGAUGAGACGACAACCGAGGCUGCAGAGACAGCUACUACUACCGAAGUAUCAAUGACUCUCGAUUUGUCAACUACGCUUGAAAAAGUUGGCACUGUAGAGCCCACCAGGACUGCCGAAGCUACAAGCACUGCGGCCUCUGCUGAGACAGCAACGGCUUAUGCUUCCACCACAACCGCAGAUGCCUUUGAACCAAUCCCAACAUUCGACAUCCUCGCCAUCGGCGCUCAAGUUGACGGCCAAAAGCUCCGCGGCCACGUAACAACAGACUACGAAAUGGGAUGGAACCUCGAUCGCACGCCCCCGAUCCUCGCCUUCUCCAUCGCCCCGGACACAAAUCAGGUCAAAGAAGUCAACGGAAACUCCCUCUGUCUUCAAUACUGCAACAGCAACACCAACCACCCCAGCUUUAUCAAACUUUGCGACGCCUGUACCGUCACGAGUAUCAAUAAUGGAGUUGCUAUGGUUACGUGUGAACAGACUCGCGAUCGCAGGUUGAAGUGUUCAGUUCCAGCUGCGCAGUGCGCGGAGGAUGAUUUUACGAGGAUGAUUGUUUGUUCGGCGGUCUCUGGAACGUUUACGGGAUUUUAUACGUAUUGUGGUAUGACGACGGGUAUUACUCUUGUGAUGGGGCCAAAAAGUAAUGGUCCUACUGCCGAUACGUUCCAGCCUGUUGAUCUUGGAAUUGAACCUGCUUCCGAGUAA